GAGCUGCUGCUGCACCUCACGCGCAGGAGACGCUGGAGCUCGCAGGAGCCUGAGCGCGCACAGAGCACAGAGCCCUGUCACAGCGCGCACACACACACGGCUCUCUCCGUGGCGUCUAAGCGGCGUCCGCCCUCAAAGGAUUCCGAAGAUCGAGGAUGAGCGCCGUCGGAGCGCUGAGCCGGUUCAUGGGUCUGAUAAAGUCAGGCACGGCUUCAGCGCUCGAGAGGAGUGCGUGCUGCGUUUCUCCGAGACAGUCAGACCGAGCGGGCGAGUAAACAGACGCGUCCUCAUCUUCACCCUGAUAACGAAGCGGAGCUGCUCUUUCUCUCUCUCUCUCUCUCUCUCUCUCUCUCUCUCUCUCUCGCCCUCUCUCUCUCUCUCUCUCGCCCUCUCUCUCUCUCUCUCGCCCUCUCUCUCUCUCUCUCUCUCUCGCCCUCUCUCUCUCUCUCUCUCUCUCGGCUGGACUACGCGCAUCUGUAACUUUUUAUCCUCUGUCUGAUGAGCGCUGCGGUCAGAGCUGAUGGAACAGGUACCUCCACAGAGGCUCGUGUGAAUAUGAUGCAGCGACUCGCUCUUGCUCUUGCCCGACGUCGGACUCUGGUCUCUUCGCUGCAGCGCUUGUAACUUUGUGCGAUCAUCACGUUAAACAUUCAGCAGCUGCUCGGAACGUUUGAGAGACGGUAAAGUUUUCGAGCGCAGAUUGUGUCCGUCCUGUCCAGUAGGUUCUCAACGUAAGUGGAGUUGUGUCCUCUUUGUCCUUUUUCUGUUCCUCGUUUUUUUCGCCUCGGGUCUGGAGUGAUGGGCGCCAAGUGAACGAGUGGACAUGCAGCCUGUCCGGGUGGCGUGGGCGCUCGCAGCAGCAGCUGCUGCCCUUUCCCUUCUGGCGUUGUUUCAGGCACAUUUUCUACGAGAAGGGCAGUUGGUGGCUGGCACAUGUGAAAUCAUCACCCUCGACCGGGACAGCAGUCAGCCGAGGAGGACCAUUGCCCGGCAGACGGCCAGGUGUGCCUGCAGGAAAGGCCAGAUUGCCGGCACAACCAGAGCCAGUCCAGCAUGUGUAGACGCUCAUAUUGUGAGGAGCAGGCAGUGGUGUGAGAUGAUGCCAUGUUUGGAUGAUGAGGGCUGUGACUUAUUAGUAAACAGAUCAGGCUGGAGAUGUGCACAGCCUGGAGGCAGAGUGAAAACUACCACAGUAUCCUGACAUCAACUGGAGUCAAUGCUUCUGAGAGAGGCUGCUGGGUGCAGAUGCUCCUCUCCAUCCUCCAUGGCCACAGAUAUCAUCUCUAUCUGAGUCUGUUCUUCUGUCCAUUGACAGGAUGAAUGGAAGAGAAUACAGACCUGCUCCUGGUGCUUCUGUGGAUGGUCAGAUGGAUCCCACAACUAAUGGGAGAUGCACAGAAACUGGCUUCAUGUGUGACAAUCUCAAAAACAUACAGAUGGAUACUGCUGGACUAAGCAGGAUAUGGAUUUGUUGAUGAAGACUGUUGGAGUUUUGUUUUGAGCUCCAUCGAUAUCUGAUAUUUUUAUCACAGACCAAAGAAAAAUUGAUUGGACAGUAUGUCUCUAUGUGGAAAGAUUUUGAGAUGUGAGCUGUUAAUGACAAGAAUAAAUGCACAAUACACACAAAUAUAUAAAUACAGACAUACCUGCGUAUCAACAUACACGUGAUCAUUGAGCACAGAGAUGAUUGAGCAUUCAUGAAAGCUUUGUCUGUGUAGCUUUUUGGGAUUUUUCAGUUGGUCCUGUUGCUGUAUCAUGAACAUGAAACAGCUAUUUUUGAAAGGCACAACAAGCGUGAUUGAUGACAGGUCAAAAGGAACUUUGACAAAAGACCAAUAAAUGUAUUUUCAAAGACCCAAAAUGUAUUUAACAUUUUUUAAUGUAAUAUCUUUCUACAGAAACAAGACACUUAUUUAACACGGAUGACAAUGUACUCGUGAUUGCAACUAUAAAUGGUGGAUCCGCAAGCAGCCACGUUCUUGCCAUUUUGACUUGUUCUCCUUGGAGAUCUACUUACUCAAAUGAUGUGACAACUUUAUUAUUCCAACACUGUAUUUAUCAUAUGAUGAUAAAUCUUAGAAUGUCCAUCAUAAUGAAAGUGUUUAUGUACCGGUCCUGCUGUUAUAUGUUAUAUGACAACUGUUGCCACAUUAAGAUAAUGGUCCUAAUAAGAUAAUGGAGUUCCACUCUUUCAUAUAUCUUGUGUACGCACUCAGGUCUGCCUCAGCUUGCUUUGUGUCAGGUUUUGCUUCUCUUAGUCCAUUACUCUGCCCUUGUCCUCUUCCUUUCCCCCCUCUGUACAGAGCCUGUGGAGAUAUGCUGCUGUCAGCCAGGCUUCAAGCUCCAUUUACCAUCACUAACAGCCUGCAUACAUUACACACAGCUCCCCUUAUUACUGACACAUCGCUGCUGCAGCCCUGCCGGAGCACUCACCUCUCCUCUGCUCCCUUGCUCAAAGUGACGUGUGUCAGGAAAGAACGGUUGUAUGCUUUAUAUGCUGCACUGAAUAAACUUACAAGAACUUUUGCUGUAA